UUGAUCUUGAUAUUUGUGGUGUUUAUGGUGGCGAUGGUGUUUUCGUUGUUCAUCAUCAUCAGUUGAUUAUCGUCACUGUUGGUGACGUGAACCUCACGUUGAUCACUACCAAUGUGGUGGUGGUAGUCAUCGGUGUUGUCACAGAUAGCGUCGUGGGUCGCCGUCGUGUGGAGUCUGUCGUGUGA